UCCUGUUGUGAUUUCUUUUUUCACAGAUGCGGGGGCACUGUUGGUGCUAUUUUCACUUGUCCACUCGAAGUCAUUAAGACAAGGUUGCAGUCUUCAAAAUUAACUCUUCGGACAGUCUAUUAUCCUCAGGUCCAUCUGGGGACCAUUAGUGGAGCUGGAGUGGUGAGACCAACGUCAGUGACACCUGGACUUUUACAGGUUCUGAAGUCGAUCUUGGAGAAGGAGGGACCAAAGUCACUGUUUAGAGGCUUGGGUCCAAAUUUGGUUGGAGUUGCACCAUCAAGGGCUGUGUACUUUGCAUGUUACUCCAAAGCCAAAGAGCAGUUCAAUGGCAUUUUUGUGCCUAAUAGCAAUACUGUGCACAUUUUCUCAGCUGGCUCUGCAGCUUUUGUCACAAAUUCCUUAAUGAAUCCUAUAUGGAUGGUUAAAACCCGGAUGCAGCUAGAACGGAAGGUGCGUGGCUGCAAACAGAUGAACACGCUCCAAUGUGCACGCCACGUUUACCGGACGGAAGGCAUUCGCGGCUUCUAUCGGGGAUUAACUGCCUCGUAUGCGGGAAUCUCAGAAACUGUCAUCUGUUUUGCUAUUUAUGAAAGUUUGAAGAAGUAUCUGAAAGACGCUCCAUUAGCCCCCUCUACAAAUGGGACUGAGAAGAAUUCCACAAAUUUUUUUGGACUCAUGGCAGCUGCUGCUGUGUCAAAGGGAUGUGCCUCCUGUAUCGCCUAUCCACACGAAGUCAUAAGGACGCGGCUCCGGGAGGAAGGCACCAAGUACAAGUCUUUUGUCCAGACCGCUCGGCUGGUCUUCCGGGAGGAAGGCUACCUUGCCUUUUACAGAGGACUCUUUGCCCAGCUCAUCCGGCAGAUACCGAACACAGCCAUCGUGUUGUCCACCUACGAGCUGAUUGUGUACCUGUUGGAAGACCGUCCUCAGUAACCUAAGGCCAGAAAAUUGUGAUCUAGAAGAAUAAAACUGAAAAACUCAGUAGAGAAUUUCUUUUCCAUUGAUGUUUAGAAUGCUCGAGACUGACACAGGAAAGGCCAUAAAAGACGUGGCUCGUGUCACCUGUUGGACAUUUCCUUUUGGAUUCAUGUAUUCUGGAAGGUUUAAAUUCAUUAACGUUAAUAGUUAAUUAUAAUUUUUUUUAACUUAAGAGGAUUCAGGACUAAGCAGCAACUAAAUUAAAUCAUGCUAUUUAAUUUAAGUAUAAA